AUGUUUCCUGAUGCUGCAGCUAGAAAUAGUGACUAUUCUGAGUUCCCUGUUAAAUUAGCUAGCAUUAAUAGCACACCAUUCAUUAGAAAUAUAUUAGGUUCUGAGAUUGAGAACUAUAAUGGUAAAUUACCUUUAAUUACCUCUCCAAUUGAAAUUGAG